AUGUUGCUCUCACUUUCAGAGUCAAAUUUUGAGCUAAUAAGUGUGGAAGCAGCUGGAUGCCCAGGAACUGGGAAUUCGUGUGAUUUCAAGCGAGGUUCAGAGCCGAGAAUUCGAAUUGGCUUCAAACCAAAUCGAGAUGUUGACAAACUGCAAACAACGGUUCGAGCUAAACUUGGUGGUGCACUCGUACCGUUCAAUCUAGACAAUGACAAUCCAUGUGAAAAAGGCAAUUUGACUUGUCCUCUAAAGAUUGGUCAAACCUACUACUAUUCACAAUCAGUGAAAAUUCUUGAUCAAUACCCAAAGGUUAAUGUGCAAGUGAAUUGGCUACUCAAUGAUAAGAGCAAUGAUGAGUCUGAUAACGAUAAAAGCAAACGAGAAGUGUGCAUAAUCUUCCUGGCAAAAGUGGUCGACUAA